AUGCCGCGACCGACUAAAGCUCUCGAAUGCCCCUUGCCACCGAGCGGUGCGCCGGGGGCCAUCCUCGUCGAGACGCCGCGUCUCGUCCUGCGCCGCUUCAAGCCCGACGACGCGCCAGCCCUCGCCCGCGCCGCCAACCACCGCGCCGUGUGGGACGGCGUCCGCGACAGCUUCCCGCACCCGUACACGCUGGCCGACGCCGAGGCCUUCGUGGCGACCCCGUGCCCGGACGCCGACCCCGUGAAGCGUUUGUAUCCCACCAAGGUCGCCGUCUGCGUCAAGGGCUCGGCCGGCGACGACGACGAGCAGCAACUUGUCGGCUGCAUCGGCGCCGACCCGGGCCAGGACGUCCUCUACCGCACCUGGGAGCUGGGCUACUGGCUCACACCCGACGCCUGGGGCCGUGGCUACGCGUCCGAGGCCGUCGGGGCUCUGCUGCACUGGUUGCUGCGGACGUGGCCUGGCUCGCGCCGCGUGCAGGCCCUGACGCUGGCCGGCAACAAGCGGAGCGCGAAGGUGCUGGCACGGUGCGGCUUCGUGCUGGAAGGAGUCCAGAGGGAUGCGGUGGAGAAGGCUGGCGUUGUGCAAGACUUGCACGUGCACGCUGUGCUACGCCGAGAUGUGCCUGUGGCAGGAUGA